GACAACCCCGCUUCCACCGAAAUAUCCCCCACAGAACCCGCAACCCCUCCACCUCUCGCGGCUCGAUGGCCGCCUCCGCCUCUCCUGCCGCAUCCCCGCCCCGCCGCCGCCACAGCCACCGCGACGACGACUCCCCGCGCCGCCGCAAGCGCCGCGCGUCCCCAUCCCCGCCCCGCUCGCCAUCCCCAGGCGCCGACGUGGAUCGCCGCCGCAGAUCUAGAGCUUCACCGCCCGGUCCCGACCGCCGCGGCGGCGGCGGCGGCGACGCCAAGCCCUCCGAGGAGAAGGAGAACGGCCACGCCAAGCCCGGAAGGGAUGAGGAGAGCGACGACCGCCCUCCCCAGCGUGCUAGGGUUUCGGAUGGGGAAGAGGAUGGCGACCACCGGAGGCGGCGCGCUAGGGUUUCCGACGACGAGAAGGAGGAUGGCCGGCGGCGGAGGCGGGCUAGGGAUUCGGAUGAGGAGAGGGACGACCGCCGCGGCAAGCGCGACCGGGAGAGGGACAGCCGGCGCCACCGCCGCCGGAGCCCCAGCACGGAGUCGGGAUCCUCACCCGACGAGCGCCGCCGGCGCCGCCACCGACGAGAUGAGGGCUCUAGGCGGCGGGAUGACCGAAGGCGCCGGGAUGACGACCGUGGCGAGCGCCGGAGGAGCCCUGAGAAGAGGGAGCGGAGAAGCCCUGAGAAGAGGGAGCCGACGCCACCCCUGCCCCCACCUCCGCCGCUGCUGCCGGAGAUGAUCCCUGGGCGCACGGGAGGGAUCUACAUCCCGCCAUUCCGCAUGGCCCAGAUGCUGCGGGAGGUAGAGGACAAGUCGAGCCCUGAGUACCAGCGGCUCACAUGGGAUGCUCUCAAGAAGAGCAUAAACGGGUUGGUCAAUAAGGUCAAUGCUACCAAUAUCAAGAAUAUAGUGCCAGAGCUCUUUGCUGAGAACCUUGUUCGCGGGCGGGGGCUCUUCUGCCAAUCGUGCAUAAAGUCACAGAUGGCCUCACCUGGGUUCACCGACGUUUUUGCUGCACUUGUUGCGGUCGUCAAUACCAAGUUCCCUGAGAUCGGACGGUUGCUUCUUGUUCGUGUUGUGCUCCAGCUCAAGAGGGCGUAUAAGCGAAAUGACAAGCCCCAAUUGCUUGCAGCAACCAAGUUUAUAGCACACUUGGUAAAUCAGGUGGUGGCACAUGAGCUUGUGGCACUGGAGCUUCUUACAGUACUCCUUGAAAAUCCAACUGAUGAUAGUGUUGAGGUGGCUGUUGGUUUCGUCAAAGAGUGUGGGGCAAUGCUACAGGACCUAUCCCCACAAGGGCUUCAUGCUAUUUUUGAAAGAUUUCGGGGUAUACUUCACGAAGGAGAAAUAGACAAGAGAGUGCAAUUUUUGAUCGAAGGACUUUUUGCAAUUAGAAAGGCUAAAUUUCAGGGAUUCCCUGCCAUCCGACCGGAGUUGGAUCUUGUGGAGCAGGAGGACCAGUUUACACAUGAGAUAUCCCUUGAAGAUGACCUAGACCCUGAGACCAAUCUAAAUGUUUUCAGGGCAAACCCAAAUUUUGUUGAAGACGAGAAGGCCUAUGAGAACCUAAAGAGAAGCAUCCUGGGAGCAGAAUCUUCUGAAGAUGAAGAAGGAUCAGAUGCCGCUUCUGAUGAUGAGGAAGAGGAAGAAUCUGAUGAAGAGGAGGAUGAGGAACAGAUGGAGAUAAGGGAUAGAACAGAGACGAAUCUUGUGAAUCUUAGAAGAACAAUAUACUUGACUAUUAUGUCCAGUGUUGAUUUUGAAGAAGCUGGUCACAAGCUUAUGAAAAUUAAACUCGAGCCUGGUCAAGAGAUGGAGCUGUGUAUUAUGCUUCUUGAGUGUUGCAGUCAAGAGAGAACAUACCUUCGGUAUUAUGGGCUGCUAGGACAGCGAUUUUGCAUGAUCAACAAAGUGUACCAAGAGAACUUUGAAAAAUGUUUCGUCCAACAAUAUUCUAUGAUUCAUCGCCUUGAAACAAACAAGUUGAGGAAUGUUGCCAAGUUCUUUGCGCAUUUGUUGGGGACUGAUGCACUCCCUUGGCAUGUUUUGGCUUACAUCCGGCUGACAGAGGAAGACACAACAUCCUCUUCCCGAAUUUUCAUAAAAAUUCUAUUCCAGGAGUUAUCGGACCACCUGGGCAUACGCCUACUCAAUGAGAGACUGAAUGAUCCUAACAUGCAAGGUUCCUUCGAGUCGAUCUUCCCCAAGGAUCAUCCAAAGAACACAAGGUUCUCCAUCAAUUUCUUCACCUCCAUUGGUCUUGGCGGUAUCACAGAGAGCCUGAGGGAAUACUUGAAGAACAUGCCACGCCUCAUAAUGCAGCAGCAGAAACCGGAGUCAUCUGAAUCAGAAUCAAUCGGAUCAGAAUCUGGUUCAGAAAGCUCCAGCUCAGGGUCCAGUUCUGAGUCAGAGUCGGAACCAAGCUCUGAUGAGGGCGACAGAAGGCGAAGUAAGAAGAGAAGGAAGAAGACUUGAGUGCACCUCCAACUGUGCUUAUUGGAUUUUCCAUCUUCGGUUCUGUUCAAAUGAACUGAUUCACUUGGAUAGUGCUACAUCGGGUAUCCAUGUGCAGUAAGUAGUCUAGCUCCUGAUAUGUUGAGUCAUAAUUGGAAAGCUGUGUAACGUGUAAAAUACUAUCCGAACUUGUCUGGGCUGGUACCUUUGUACUCUAGUGAGUAGUCAAAGCAACACAAGGCUACCAGAGUUUUCUUGAUCACAAUUUUUUUUUGGCUGAACAAGUUUUGAAUGUCUGGAAUUUGUACCAUCACAACAUCACACUUAUAGUUUCCAUGUUCAAAACCUUGGAAGUGGUAAGCACCCAAUAUGAAGCCGUCUAGAGCUAGAGCGCCUUGCCCAUGUGCGGCAUUUUGAGUUAUUUUUCCUCUAUUUUUUUUAUGAUUGUAGUAAAUAAUCAAGCCAUGUAAACUCGAGAUAUUUUGAAGUUCUUUUUGCUCCUUAUGCAUUUAUUAACA